AUGAGCAGCGACGAGAAUAAUCCCUCUUCCGCCGAUCCUUCGCGCAAGCGUAGUGCUUCAGCCCUUCAUACGGGCCCGCGUAAAAAGGCGGCUUCAUCAAACCCGCUUGUCCUUCAUGGCCGACAUUUUGGCCGCACAGUGUUUUCCCUGUGCAACUAUCCUGCUCUUCUGACUGCUGGCAUACUUCGACUUGAAGAACUGCAGGACUCUCACAUUGAAGAUUACCCAGCUGAUGUUCGACGGGAACAUAGGGUGUUCAUGAAUCUAAUAGAUUCGUAUCCGGGUCUGUUAGACCGUCUGACGAAGGGUGAGGAAGAAGAUAUCAUUCACGUGGGAGAACUGCUAGGUAAAGGAGCCUCUGGUGCACGAGGCGAUGAUACCAAGACCCUCAAAUCUGCCGUACUCGAAUGGCUUGUACCCAGAGGACAGGUAGUCAUACCACCCCUCUCCCGGAACAUUAAGUCUGACCGCGGGUUCAAUCAUGAAGUCACCGGCGCGUUGCUUUGCCCUGCAGGCCUUGAUUGGUCCAACAUAGAAACUAAACAGGGCCUGAAGAGCGGCGAAACCGCGGUUAGUGGUGACCAGUGGCCCGUAUUCUUAUAUGCCGGGUAUGAGUAUGAUUCUGAAGAUCCGUGGAAGGGGUUACUGCGCAGUGAGAUACUCAUCUUCGGUUACAAACAUGUCUUUACGUCUCCAAGCUCGGUAGAUAAGGAGCCAAAGGCCACGCGCUCCGGCAACGCUUAUCUUCACGGUAUGAAAUGUGUGACUCAAGGAUCCUUAGCUUAUAUUGCUACGCAGGUACGCUUCUCGUUAAGCUCUUCGUCGGUAUUUUCGUGUACCGACACAGUCACGGACUCCGAAAAUUUUUACCAUAGCAUUCUUGACUUGUUGGAGGAUCCUGAUGAGAGUGAGGAGGUGGCUGACCUUAUGACAUGGUGGACUCGUCGCAUUUUUCCUAAUUCUUCUUCUUCGCUGCGCAGUAUCAGCAAAAAUAGUGCGCUGUCAAAGAUUCGGGAAAAACGCGCUGCCUUGCGAGAACGGGCCGCCGCUGGUACCAAUUAA